AUGGCGGCUCAAGGUGUUGAGACUCCCCUUCCAGUCGAGGUUCCCAGUUUUGUCAGGGAGAAGGAGGCCAUUUCCGACCUUCGAGACAACUCACUGGAUGAGAGCCGCUUCAUAAUCCAAUCUCCUUAUGUUGAUCGGGAACACCUGCUCGACCUGGAAACCCUCGACAACGAAAACGCCCUUCUUUCCCAAGCUUUGUCCCGACUUCGCGCGGUGCGCCAAGACUAUGCCCUCGCUCCCUAUGUUGAGUCUUUCAACUGGCAGGAAGUGCUUGAUGAGUUGAAGCGCCUGGCUCAGAGAUCAGGGCAGGAUUUCAAGGAAACGUCAUUCUAUAUCGUAGCUUUUCGCUCUCGGAUCAAGCCCAGCACCGAUUACAGUCACCUAGGCGAGCUGGACAAGGCUGCCCAUGCCGAGGCGGUUGCCAGCGGUGGAUUCCUCAAGUACUGGUUCGGAUCACCUGACUCUGAGCUGCAAAAUCUUGCCACCUGCAUCUGGCGAUCGCGACAAGACGCUUUGCUAGGCGGGAAGGGUCCAGCUCACCGUAAGGCCGCCGGCGCCACUCGCUCUCUGUACGCCUCUUGGAAAAUUGACCAGCAUCGCCUGACGGUACGCCACAACGUGGAAACUUGGGAAAUCACUGAUUGGGAGUAA